CUGAUCGGACGGGGCAGCGGCUCCCGGCCGUGACCCCCCGCUCCCCCGCCCAGACCCGGGCGCGAGUCCGAGGCGGCGGCGUAUAAAGAAGCCAGCAUGGCUGAGACCUCGCCGCCGCCCACCGCCGGCGCCGAAAGUUGCAACGAGGAGCCGGCGAAGGGCGGGGAGCAGCGGCUGGAGGAGCCGCGCCGCGCUCCGGCCGGGGUCGCGGACCGAGAGGGUGAGGCGGGGCCGCCGCCGGCCUCCCCCGGCGGGCAGUCGGAGCCCGACUCGCCGGUGGCCGCCCCCUUCUUCCUGCUCUACCCGGGCGAUGGAGGCGCCGGCUUCGCAGCGCGCCCGCCUCCGCCGCAGCAGCAGCGCGCCUGGAGGACCCCGCCGUCGCCGGGCUCCCCGCUGCCCUUCCUGCUGCUGAGCUACCCGAGUGGCGGCGGCGGCGGCAAGCAUCACUCUUGGGAGGAUUUGACAGAUUUGGUGGAGCAAAUGCGCGAUGAUACAGAAGACCCUAAUUAUCUCAUGGCUAACGAACGCAUGAACCUGAUGAACAUGGCCAAGCUGAGUAUCAAGGGCUUAAUCGAAUCCGCUCUGAACCUGGGGAGAACUCUGGACUCUGACUAUGCACCUCUCCAGCAGUUCUUCGUGGUGAUGGAGCACUGCCUGAAACAUGGCUUGAAAGCUAAGAAAACUUUUCUUGGACAAAAUAAAUCUUUCUGGGGGCCUCUAGAACUGGUAGAAAAACUUGUUCCAGAAGCUGCAGAGAUAACAGCAAGUGUUAAAGAUCUUCCAGGACUUAAGACACCAGUAGGCAGAGGAAGAGCGUGGCUUCGAUUGGCAUUAAUGCAGAAGAAACUUUCAGAAUAUAUGAAAGCUUUGAUCAAUAAGAAGGAACUUCUCAGGUACGAACAUCUUCUUGUUGGAGUUAUAGAUUUUUCAAUGUAUCUGAAGGAUGGAAACAGCAGUAAAGGUAGUGAAGGAGACGGCCAGAUUACUGCAAUUCUGGACCAGAAAAACUAUGUGGAAGAACUCAACAGACAUCUGAAUGCUACUGUAAACAACCUUCAGGCAAAAGUGGAUGCAUUAGAAAAAUCCAACACUAAACUGACAGAGGAACUUGCAGUCGCAAACAACAGGAUUAUUACCUUGCAAGAAGAAAUGGAACGAGUUAAAGAAGAAAGCUCCUACAUGUUGGAAUCCAAUCGAAAGGGUCCUAAGCAAGACAGAACUUCAGAAGGGCAAGCACUAAGUGAAGCAAGAAAGCAUUUAAAGGAGGAGACACAAUUACGACUGGAUGUUGAAAAAGAGCUGGAGCUCCAGAUCAGCAUGAGACAGGAGAUGGAGAUGGCUAUGAAGAUGCUGGAGAAGGAUGUCUGUGAGAAGCAGGACGCCCUGGUGUGUCUGCGGCAGCAGCUGGACGACCUCAGGGCUCUCAAGCAUGAGCUUGCCUUUAAGCUGCAGAGUUCAGACUUAGGAAUAAAACAGAAAAGUGAACUAAACAGUCGCUUGGAAGAGAAGACUAAUCAGAUGGCUGCUACCAUUAAACAACUUGAACAAAGAUUGCGCCAGGCUGAGCGAGGCCGCCAGUCUGCUGAGUUGGACAACCGGCUCUUCAAGCAGGACUUUGGAGACAAGAUCAACACUCUGCAGCUGGAAAUGGAGGCACUCACCAGGCAGCGGAACCAGCUUGAGUUAGAACUAAAACAGGAAAGAGAAAGAAGAUUACAAAACAACAGGAGCAUCCCCGGAAAGGGUUCCCAGAAGCCAGAACCGCAAAGGGAUGAGAAGCACAAAACUCAAGAGGAAAAUGUUAAACUAAAAAAGCCCCUGGAAGAAAGCCACAGGCUGCAGCCUCACCCUAUGGAUGAACAGGAUCGGCAGCUGCUUUCUGAGAAGCCACAGACGUGUCAGCUAUGCCAGGAAGACAGCAGCCUGACAAAGAAUAUGUGUAAGAACUGCAAAGGAACCUUCUGUAACGCCUGUUCAACAAAUGAACUGCCUCUUCCUUCAAGUAUCAAGCCUGAGCGAGUUUGCAAUCCCUGUCACAAGCAUCUGAUGAAACAGUAUUCCAGCAGCCCAUCGUAAGACUGGAGGCCAAGACCUGGACCAGAAUGUCUCUGCCUAUGUUAGAUGGCAGGAUCCUCUGGAGCCCAGACCUUAGCAGCAAGUCAAGAGUUUUUAGGAAUGAUUUAAAUAAACCAGGUCCAGGGAGAAAAGGCAGUGGUUGGGGGUACUGGAAAUUUUGCUCGUUUUCCCUAAUGAACUGUAUGAAUAAAAAUGACUCAGUUGAGCCUCUCUCUUCUAAAUCUAAACAGCCCCACUUUGAAGGAUUUAUUUUAUAGCAUGUCUUUGGAAGGGCUACUCAUGUUUAUGAAUAGUGAUAACACUGGGGUAGAUACAAUAGGAGGGUCCAUAGAUAAGAAUAAAAAGGAAAACGAUCAUUUCCUCUAUUACAUUUGCAGAUUCAAAGGGGAAUGAUAAAUGUUAACUGAGAUCAAAAUAACAGAUGUUACGUAUUUCCCCAGGUGCUGCUAGACAUAAACAUUGUUUCCUCUUCACCCAGCUAACUACCUCUUGUUUAAAGCAUCUCCACCAAACUGUGAACCCAAACUCAGGGAAAAAUUAAAGAGUAAUAUAAAUUCUGAAUGUACUUAAAGCAAUAUUGUAAUAUAUUAUAGUUUCAGGACCAGAAUUUUCUGGUCUGGACUUACAAGUGUUUCCAUUAUCAGAACAAGGAGGAGGAACAUUAGCUUUUUCCACUUAAUGACUUCUAAAGUGAGCAUCUGCCCUUUUCAGAGUCUCCUACUAUGAAACAAGGAAACUCUCUUCCCCAGUCCCUCCCUCCUCCAAGUCAUAAUGGAAAUUGUUAAGAAUUUUAAAGAUAGGGUUUGACUUUUGAGAAUAGGAAGUAUUGAAAGCAAGCUAAGUCUGGUGUAAAGUAAAAUUAAAUUUGUCCAUGACUGGGAACAAUUAGCUCAGAAUAUUUAUUAAAUUCUUUCUUGAAUAAGGGAUCCCUUAUUCUGAGCCAAGAAUUAGCACUGGUAGACAGAAUCUUAGAAAUUAUGACACUCAAAAAUCUUAUAGUAACAGUUCUUUGGUGGAAAAGAAGAAAGUGCAUUCAGCGUGGGAAGGAAAGAUGGUAUAUGCUGUUCUGAUGAUGUUACGUGUGUCUAGAUUGUUUGAUUCCAAUUAAGACCUCAGGAGAUAAGAUUCUGUAACUGGUUUAGAAUUCUGGGGUGGAAACAUCCUGGAACCUCGGUAUUUAAUAAAUUCUGGCUCCUGAAAAGGGUUAUAGCCUGGGAAAGGGUUAUUUCAGAAGUCUGGCCUGUUACUUGGUAAAGCUAAGUUUUGAGAGUAUUAAGGAAAAAUAAAAUCUGAUAAUUCUAGCUUA